AUGACGGCCCCGAUGGCCCGGAUCCAGAUGGGGAUGGAGUUGUGUUGGGGGUUAUCUGGGCGGGCCGGGAACCCCCACGGCUCCACCAGCAGCAGACGCUUCACCCUAAAGGACACCUGCACCCGUCUGCUGCUGGUGGAGCCGUGGGGGUUCCCGGCCCGCCCAGAUAACCCCCAACACAACUCCAUCCCCAUCUGGAUCCGGGCCAUCGGGGCCGUCAUGAGCCCCUUCAACCCUUUGGCCGGGCUCAGGCUGGCGGGGCCUCUGGGUCCCACGCUGGUCCAGACCAUCCGGUCCGAUUUCAAACAGAAAUACGCGUCCGUGUUUGACGACAACACCGUGUCCGACUACAUCUACCACCUGAACGCCCAGACGCCCAGCGGAGAGACGGCCUUCAGGAACAUGACGGUCCCCUACGGCUGGGCCAGGAGGCCCAUGCUGGAGCGCAUCGGCCGGGUCUCCGCCAGCAUCCCCAUCUCCUUCAUCUACGGGUCCCGGUCCAGCAUCGACAGCAACUCCGGGCACGCCGUCAGGGAGAUCCGGCCAGACGUGGAGAUAACGGUGAGCACGAAGCCGUUUCAGAGCGUGGGUGUGGGUUAA